AUGGAAGACGACGGCCGGGGACGACGGUGGCGGCGCGGCGGCGAGGGUGUCCCGGCUACGCUUCGCGAGGGUGCGCUCGAGCUUGUGCGCGUUCUGGUGGCCGCCCAGCGCCUGGGAGCUGUGGAACUUGCGGUGGCAGUAGUUGCACGAGAAGGCCUCCCCAGGCGGUGGUCGCCGGUGACGGCCCCGGGGGCGGGCACGGCGGCGGAGCGAUGGAGCGGAGAUGGGUCCAGGCACAGGUCGAGGCUGACGCCAUGA